UUCCCAAUCCCAACCCACCCCGCCCAGGCACCACCCCACUCCGGACAAGCCCCCGCGGCCGCCGAUGCGCGCGCCGCAAUGACGACGCCACCACCGCCUCCCAGGACGCUCCCCCUCGCUCUCCUCCUCCUCCUGCUCGCGCCGCACCUCCUCGCCUCGGCCUCGGCGGCGUUCGUCAGCCGCGGCCUCAGCGCGUCCGACGCCGCCCGCAUCCGGCGCCGCCAGCUCCUCCAGUACCACGCCGCCGGCGACGAUGCAGGCGCGCCCGUCGACCCGUCCUACUCCUUCCCGAACCCGCGCCUCCGCGACGCGUACGUGGCGCUGCAGGCGUGGCGGCGCGCCAUCCUCUCCGACCCCCACAACGUGACGGGCUCCUGGCGCGGGCCCGACGUCUGCGCCUACGCCGGCGUCUUCUGCGCGCCGUCCCCGGCCGACCCGCACCUCGACGUCGUCGCCUCCGUCGACCUCAACCACGCCGACCUCGCCGGCCACCUCCCCGAGGAGCUCGGCCUGCUCGCCGACCUCGCCGUGCUCCACCUCAACUCCAACCGCUUCUGUGGCCUCGUGCCCCGGUCCCUCGACAGGCUCCGCGCGCUCCACGAGCUCGACCUCAGCAACAACCGCCUCGUCGGGCCCUUCCCCGACGUCGUGCUCCGCCUGCCCGCCCUCCGGUACCUCGACCUCCGCUUCAACGACUUCGAGGGCCCCGUGCCGAGCGAGCUCUUCGACCGCCCGCUCGACGCCAUCUUCCUCAACUCCAACCGCUUCCACUUCCGGAUCCCCGACAACGUCGGCAACUCGCCGGCGUCCGUGCUCGUGCUCGCCAACAACGACUUCGGCGGGUGCCUGCCGGCGUCCGUCGCCAACAUGUCCGGCACGCUCAAUGAGAUCAUCCUCAUGAACACGGCGCUCAAGUCCUGCGUGCCGGCCGAGCUCGGCAUGCUCAGCGGGCUCACCGUGCUCGACCUCAGCUUCAACAAGCUCAUGGGCGCCAUCCCCGACGAGCUCGCCAGGCUCGAGAGCAUCGAGCAGCUCGACCUCAGCCACAACCGCCUCGCCGGCGACGUGCCGGAGGGCAUCUGCCACCUGCCGCACCUCCAGAACUUCACCUACUCGUACAACUUCAUCACCGGCGAGCCGCCCGUGUGCCUGCACGUCAAGAACGUCGACGACCGACGGAACUGCAUCCCCGACCGCCCCGACCAGAGGUCGCUGGACCAAUGCAAAUUCUUCAAGAACCACCAAGUCAACUGCGACGCGUUCAAGUGCAAGAAGUUUGUGCUGCCGUCUCCACCUCCACCGUCACCUCCGCCGCCAUCUCCUCCUCCUCCGUCACCCUCACCACCGCCACCUUCACCUCCUCCGCCAUCUCCAUCUCCACCGCCACCUCCACCGUCUCCGCCGCCUCCUCCACCUCCAUCCCCAUCACCUCCUCCUCCUUCUCCCCCACCGCCGUCUCCUCCCCCUCCAUCUCCGUCACCGCCUCCUCCAUCUCUCCCGCCACCAUCUCCACCACCACCAUCGCCAUCACCGCCACCUCCUUCCCCUCCACCACCAUCUCCAGUAUACUACUCAUCACCGCCGCCACCCUACUACGAGGUGUCACCGGAGGACCGGUACCUCUCACCGCCACCGCCACCGCCAGUCUACACUGAGGUCCCACCGCCGCCCUACUACGAGGUCUCACCAAAGGAUCGGUACCUCUCGCCGCCUCCUCCAGCUCACCACGAGUCACCGCCGCCGCCGCCUCCAGUCCACUACGAGCCGCCACCUCCGCCCUACUACGAGGUGUCGCCGGAGGACCGGUACCUCUCGCCGCCACCACCCCCGGCUAGCAUCCCCAAGUACGACUACUCGUCGCCGCCGCCGCCUUCCUCCCCGCCGUACUCGGAGGUGUCCCCCGAGGAGCGGUACUCGUCACCUCCACCGCCACGGGCAUUGCCCAAGCUGCCGGUGUGGGACUACUCAUCCCCGCCUCCGCCGGCGGCCUGGUGGACACCAUAAAAAUUGACUCUUCCCGAAUUUUUUUUCCAUGCCUUGUGAUGAUCGACCAUAUACAUUGUUAAUUAUUCGUUGCGGUAAAAAGAAAGUGUUGCUCAAUGAUUAAUCUUGUCUUCUGUUUCCUUAAUUUUCUCUCUCAUUUUGUACCUUUUACUUUCGUCGUCUUCUUUUCUCUACUGAUUCGAUUUGGUUCCGCUGCAAAUUCUCCGUUUGUGAAUGAAUAUAGAGAAGAUCGAAUACUCAAAACAGAAUGGCGACUGGCGAGAGAGGUUGUAAUAUGUACACACUACACAGUUGGAUUAAGUUAUAUAUAUACAUGUAUAGGCUUCA